AUGAAUUAAUAUAAUGGACGUAUGUGUGAAGAAUAAUAAAAGAAACUAAAUCAUAAUAAGUUAUAGAGAAGUGUAAGCCCAAUGUGUAAAUUGAUAGUCUUGAAAAAUCUCAAUACUAAUGAAAAUACUUAAAAAUCAAUGAGGGCAAAAGAUGAUACUUUAAUUUUAGAUGUCAUUUUGUUUUUAGAAAAAGCUUAUUCAAACCAUCACAAAAUCACACUAUAUUAUUAAAAUAAAAAAAUAGAUGUAGAUAAAAAUACUUACUUACUACCAUAUUUAUCGAAACUCAAGACUUAAUAAUUAGAUUAUAAAAUACAUGAAAAUGAUACAGAUUCGGGUUAAACUGGUACUGAUGACGAAUCUGCUAAUUUAAGUACUAAAUUAAAAGAAAGAGAUUCAUCAGAAUGGGGAAAAAAAUUAUAAGACCCAAAAAAUUAACAGAAAGAAGUAGAAGCGAAAGAAAAUUAUGAAAUUUUUUUAGAAAGUCAUUUUAUUGGUAAAGAUUUGGGAAAAAUAUUCAAUUAUCAAUAACAGCAAAUUUAACAAUAAUCAUCCGAAAUAAAUGAAUCUAUAAUGACUUUCAGAGAUAUUAGAUGUGAAUGUGGGCACUCAUACAAUAGUUAAUAAUUAAGAGAUAAUUUAUAAAUGGCAUUUCUACAAAAAUAAUUUGCUAAAUGUUAAAACUGUAAUAAAAACAUACCUAAAUCUAUGUAUAUAAAAAUAAUUAUGGGAUAAUAAUACGAUUAAUUAAAAUUAACUUUAGAUCUUUAGUAAAUAAUAGCUAACGUUUAAUUAAAGCCCCAUCUUAAGUUAGAGAAAUGUGAUCGUUGUUAUUUUUUUUGUUUUUGGGAUAAAUCGAAUAAAUCUAUAUAAAUUAAAAAAGGAUUUUGUCCUAUAUGCUUAGAUUAUAUAAUAAUACCUGAAAAUAAUUGA